AUGUCUUCGGAAUCAAGCAAUGGUGGUCGAUCGAACGGUGCUAGUAGUCAAUUAUUUAAUCGUGUAACAGAUACAUACAUACACAGUGAUUCAAUUAAUGCAACAAACAGAACGGCCGCUUCUGUUGAUGAUGAUAACAGACAGUCUUCGACAUGGGUUGAUACGUUAACUCAGCUUGACCGUGUAUGUUCUGGUGGUCUUCUUCGUUUAUGCUACAAUGUCAUUGAUAUUGUUCUUCUCUGUAUUGGUCUUUACUAUGGUACAAAAACGUGUAGUAUCUCGAAUCCUCUCGUCGUACUAUCAAUUUGCAUAUUCAUUUUUGGUAGUAUCACACUUAUUACUACUCUUCUUUGUUUCGUUCGAAACUUGCCAUUGUAUCAUAUGACUCAGUCCGAGGCGAUAAGUUCAGGUCUAUAUCGUCAAGGAUCUAUUCUACGUAGUUUUUUUCAUUUCUUCAAAUUCAUCGUCGUUAUAAUCGCUUUCUUCUAUGUAUUUACAUGGAAAAAACUAGUAAAUAAUAAUUGUGAACUUAUGCGUUUCUAUCUUGGUAUUGUAUGUUUCAAUACAUGCAUUUUAAAUUUUAUUUAUCCACUAAAACCUUCACUUCCAAUACGACGAUCAUUAAUAAUAGAAUGUCUUAUACUUGUCUUACCUAUUAUUGUCAAUAUCAUUUACUUGGGUAUUGUGGCAUUUGCAACGAUUAAGACUAAAAAAUCAGAAUGCGUAUACACUAGUAUUGAGAAUCUAUAUUUCGAUGCACCACUCAAAUCAUUUGCCUACGUUGGACUUAUUCUAGCUGGUUGUACUAUUGGAAUUAAUGUGAUUGGUGCUGUUCUCAAUCAACUUUUUUAUCGUCUAACAAAUUUACGAAGACUUUUCAUCUAUUUAUCAGCAAUUCAUUAUGUGAUAUGUUAUUCUAUAGCUGUCGUUGUUAUUUACUAUUAUUCAAUCGGAGCCGUUCUUCUAUUUCAACCUCGUGUAGGUGGAUCGUGCGCUGUAGUAGCUCCCAGUCUUUACAAAACUCUUUUCAUAUGGCAACUAAUUCGCAUUUUUUUUCCAUUCAUUAUCUGGCCUCUUACAUUUCUUGUUUGUUGUCUUGGAUUUACAAUUGGAGGCUGUCUUGCACUUUGUCUUCCGGCAUCGAUCACUGUUCCACUUCUGACAAUGCUUAGCGAAAGAAUAAUAAAUAUAUCUCCUGCAUCCAAUGAAAAUCCACCUUCAACACCAGGUACUAUUGAUGCCUUGCCAAUGGUAAUUUUUGAUCAAGAAUCUGAUCAAUUCAAUCAAACUGAAUGUACCAUUUGUCAAGUGGAUUAUAAGGUCAAUGAAAAAGUGAAAAAACUGCCAUGUGGUCAUAUCUUUCAUGAUAGUUGUGUAGCUCAUUGGCUGUCACUCACAGCUAUAUGUCCUGUUUGUCGUCACCGUAUUCCAUCAGCACAUUUGUAG